AUGAGUAGUGGUCAAGAUUGCGACUCGAAUAAAGAUUAUUUUGACUGCAAGCUAAAAAAUGUGAAAGAGGAGCUACGCCUUCGUCGAGAACAUGGACAAUAUGUCCACGCGCUCAUCUCCGCAUGCUCUGACAUAGCAACACUCUAUGUUGGAAAAGACAAAACACAAAUUCGAUGCCAUAAAAUACUACUAGGGUUUUUUUCUAGAUUCUUUGAAUCAGCCCUGUACAGCAACUUCGCUGAAGCUGCUAGUGGUGAAGUUCAUCUUCCAGAGGAUGAGGUUCAGCCGAUCCAAGACUUUGUAUCGUGGUUAUACAGUGGCCAAUCUCCACAGGAGCUGGAUGUUAACGAAGACGUGGAUGACGAAGACGAAUCUGAUGAAAACAUGUCUGACAAAGACGCAUCUGACGAAGAAUUAUCUGACGAAAACGCAUCUGACGAAGACGAAUCUGACGAAGACGAGUUUGACGAAAACCGACCUGACAAAGGCGAACAAGAUGUUAUAACUCCGCAAGCUGCAGACGCUUUGCCUAAUUACGAAGAUGUAAAAUUGGAUGACUGCAAGUUGGAGCUCGAAUUGGCAUCGCGGUGGCUUCUUGGCGACAAGCUCAUCUCUCCACGCUUCACUAACUAUCUGAUGAACUUACUGUUGAAUAAUUACGGUGACAACGGACGUUUAUAUUUUUCAUGGGAGGUAGAGUUUGCCUAUAAUAAUACAGUGGCUGGGUCGGAACUCAGACUACUCUUCAGAGAUUUGAUCGCAAUAGAUGGACCAUUGCGGUAUUCACGAUUUCGGUGGUCUGCAGCCGACUUUGGUGAGCGUGAUAGAUGGGUUUUAUUGUUAGCAAAAGGCGGAGACUUGAUAGAGGAUUGUGUCCUGGGCGGUUUUACUAAUUUGGAGGAAGAUAUCACACUGCUCCCUUGGGCAAGAAGAAAUCGCCAGAAGUAUAUGCAGAAGGUUGCUGAUAUUUCCGUGGAGGAGUGGAUCAGAAUAAGAUGUCCCACACAAGUCGCUACUGAAGCGUCUUCAUCUUCAUAA